GGUAUCGGCGCUUACUGAAGAAUUUUUCCCGUGAUGAUUUACCUGCGAACGUGUCGUUCGUCAUAUGUUUUCAUUUACGCUACUGUGGCUAUGUCGGUGUUGUUGACACUCGCGCAUGCGCAGCGGGAAUUCGACGAGUCGGUCACGAGUGAACCGCAAAAGAGCGGGAAAUCCAAAUCGAAACUCGACGAAGAGUUGUUCAAGAAACUGUUUGCUCAACGGCGGAAGGAACACAUAGAAGCUGUGCAGACUCUCCUAAAGAUGGACAGUUACGAGCGUCUGUACAAGAUGAUCUCGGUGCUGGCUGAGAAGGUGAUGGAGGUCAUCGAAUCGAGUAAAAACAUAAUUGAGAAGGCCGGUUUUUUGUCCCACAAUAGUUCCUUUCCGGAAGAUACGAACGUCAAAGAUGCAUUAUCUAGUAUUCUGGAGAACACCGCGCUCCUCGGAGACAUCGUCCUGCAUCUGCCGGACAUUACUCACAGGAUACUGAAAACGCAACCGGGAUGGAACUCCACAAUACAUUGGUCUUUGAGUUUCGUGAAUCAGACGCGGCAUUUGUUGAACAAAUCGACCAUCACGAUGUUCCGCCUGGUCGAGCAGGAGCUGAACAUCACGAAACGCGACCCGAGCUAUUUUAAUCCGUAUAGGAGUGCCGCCCACGCGGGCCAGCGUGAGGAUACCAGCGUGAGGAAGAAAAAGCCAGUGAAGAAGGAAAAACGCAAAAAGGGACCGCAAAUUGCUAAAAUCGAGUUGUGAGCUGUUCUUGCCGCUCCUCGAGAUUCCUCGUAGACCGGUUCCUAAAUCGCCUCGUUAAGAAGCGGGCGCUCUCUGCGGCACUGCCGUUAAAAUCCUAGAGAAGGUGAACAUACCAUGUCUGAUCCCGAAUCGUACAGGAUUAGAUUAACGAUGAGCUUCCGAACGGCUUAAUUCGACAAGAAUUAGCUACAGUUCUCUGACACAAUGUUCAUGUACAAUAGUAUAAUUGAUAAUAAUAUAUUUAGGGACUGAAUAAGUUCAAUAAUCCACUUAAUUUAUUUUAUAGAAUUUAAAAAAUAGAAUUUAAAAUUUCUAGUUAAUAAAGUCUUUAAAAAUAAAGUUUUUAUAGAAAAUAAGAUAAAUUAAGUGGGUCUUGUUCACUCCAAGUUAAUAUAAUUAACAGUAUAAUUGCUAGGAGCUAUGUAGUUAAGAAUACGCGAAUUUACCAAGCGCAUAUAUUUGUGUUACAUAUGCGGAUGUUGCUACACAUAUCAAAUUUCGAUAAGCCUCUUUUUAACAUUGAAUAAGACUAUUGCAAUUUGCAAUUGGAUUUCUGGACUGCGUAAAAACAUUGUAUGUACAUAAAAGAUCUACAUAAUCUUACAUAAGUAUCUACAUAAAGAUUAGACAAAAGUUUCAAUUCGAUUGUUAUCAUGUUGGAGUAAUAUUCGUGCAUUUUGUCUGAGGGACAGGACUACCUCGAAGGCAGACAACUUCGCCCACGCUGUGAAUUUCGCGCUGCGGCAUGUCGUGCCUGAUAUGAGGAGAUAGACAGCUUUUCUUGUCUCGGUUCACUCCAACGGCGAGCCGGCGCGUUGCGCCGCGCCGGUAGAAAGUGGUCAGCCAAUGAGCUAAGAACUGUUCCUGAGCCGGUCUGAGCUCCUGAGAAGUGCCACGACGGCGGUGUGUAUCCCUGACAGUGUUGUGGUAGCGGAUCAGCCCGGUAGGUUGGUCGCUCGUUCGGUCCGGUCGGUCGGCUGACGAUAUACGUCGCCGUGGUCGCGGUGAUCGCACGAGGAGGGCACGCGAAAAGGAAAUUCAGACGACCUCGUGACGACUGUCGGAACAUCGAGGACGCGCGCGCGCGCGAAACAAUGAGACUCCAGGAAGCGGCGCUGAUCUGCGCUGUCUUGACCGUUGUCGCAGGUAGGCGCGCCCUUGCUAUUUCCGCUACGUUGAUCACCUUUCUCCUGUCUUGUUGAUGUUCCCGUUCCAAAAGUCUAAAGUGUAGGAGAUGCGUGGGAGAGCCGGAAAGAAUAGGUGAAAUUGUUUGAGAUUGUCGCCGGACCAUUUCCCUGCUCUUCCUCAGACUUCCUUGGUUCUCUCUCCAUAUAAUAAAAAUCAUAAUAAAAAUCCUCCUAUUUCCUGGAAAGAACGAAUUACAAAUUUGGUUGAAAUACAGAUUGGCGAAUAACCAUGAACCAUUAAAAUAUUAGACACUGAUUGUUAGCAUGUCAAAAUGUUUUGUAAUCAUAGUAUCACGUUUGGACUUUCCAAAUGAUUAUUUUUAUGAUCCAACAUUCCCACAAAUUAUUUUCUGAUCUGUAUCCGUAGCUAAAUUUUUAGAUACUGCAGUAAAAUGAUUUCUUUGGUAUGAAAAAUUUCUAUUUUUAUUGGUUCCAGUAUCGAGUUCUUUUUAUCGUUCACCCGCAAUGCUCGGCGUUUUGUAUCGUGUCCGCAAUCGGUAAUCGAUUCUCGAGGCGAAUAACAGUCGCUUUCUAAAAAUUAUGAAGUUCUAUGAUGAUCGUCUAACAUUGAAUUUCUAAAAUACACACAAGACUUGAUAGUUUCGACUUCUGCUGUCUUAAUUAGAACUACGUUUGGUUAGUUUUAGCAGGUGCUUAUUGAUGUUAGCAUUGUUCUUUUUCCCCUGCACAGCGUUUGUGUAUCUUUCUUUUGAUUCUUCUUGUAUCUCUCUUCGCGGCUGCCAUUACUUUUAUCGAUAGUAUUACGUGUGAGUGAGGAAACAUGUAAUUGUAACGCUCUAAUGAAUAAUUGCAUACUAAAUUCGCUCUUACAUUGCAUAUUUUAUAUUUGUAUAAACUUCAUAGAAAUAAACACGAUGAUGUCUAUCUGAAAAGUACUUAUA